CCGCCGCCGCCGCAGCCCGAGCGGGGCCCGCGGGACGCCGGCCCGAGCAGGUGGUGACUGAGCUGGUGCCGCGAUGGCGACGCCGGACGUCAGCGUGCACAUGGAGGAGGUGGUGGUGGUGACCACGCCGGACGGCGCCGUGGACGGCGCUGCCAUGGAGGAGGUCAAGACAGUGCUGGUCACCACCAACCUGUCCCAGCACGGCGGUGACAUCAACGAAGACACGCUGGAGACUGAAAAUGCAGCUGCUGCAGCUGCUGCUGCCUUCACAGCCUCCACAGACCUGAAGGAAGCGGUUCUAGAAGUGAAGAUGGCUGAAGAUGAGGACAGUUUGGAGGCAGAGAUUGUCUACCCCAUCACCUGCGGGGACAGCAAAGCCAACCUCAUCUGGAGGAAGUUUGUGUGCCCUGGAAUCAAUGUGAAGUGUGUGCAGUUUCAUGAUCACCUCAUCAGCCCCAAGGAGUUUGUGCACCUGGCAGGGAAGUCGACCUUGAAGGAUUGGAAGCGGGCGAUCCGGAUGAACGGGAUCAUGCUCCGGAAGAUUAUGGACUCAGGAGAGCUGGAUUUCUACCAGCACACAAAGGUCUGUUCCAACACCUGCCGGAGCACCAAGAUUGACCUGACAGGAGCCAGGGUGUCCCUGACCAGCCAGACAUCAACAGAGUACAUCCCUCUGACUCCUGCCUCUGCUGAUGUGAACGGAUCCCCAGCUACAAUAACCAUAGAAACAUGCGAGGACGCCAGCGAUUGGAGCACCAGCAUUGGAGAUGACACCUUUGCUUUUUGGCAAGGUCUGAAGGACAGUGGGCUCCUGGAAGAAGUGAUCCAUGAGUUCCACCAGGAGCUGGUGGAGACCAUGAAGGGCUUGCAGCAGCGAGCACAGGAUCCCCCACUGCAGCUUGGGGAUGCUGUUUUACUCAACAACGUAGUCCAGAACUUUGGGAUGCUGGAUCUGGUCAAGAAGGUCCUGGCCAGCCACAAGUGCCAGAUGGAUCGCUCGAGGGAGCAGUACACACGGGAUUUGGCAGCUCUGGAGCAGCAGUGUGACGAGCACCGCAAGCGAGCGAAGGAGCUGAAGCACAAAUCGCAGCAUCUCAACAACGUCCUGAUGACCCUCACACCCGUCUCUGUUCCCACGCCUCUGAAACGCCCCAGGCUCACCAGGGCCACCUCCGGACCAGCUGCCAUCACCUCCCAAGUCCUGUCCCAGCCAGCGCAGCUCACUGUCACCCCCGGCGUGCCAGUGUCCCAGAUUGCCAAUCUCCCUCUUGGCAAAGUGGUCUCGGCCCUCCCUCCUUCGGUGCUGGGGAAGAGCCCGGCCCAGCCCCCCGCCGCCAGCUCCCCGGCCUCCCCUCUGCUGGGGGGGUACACGGUGCUGGCCUCCGCCGGCUCCACCUUCCCCGGCACCGUGGAGAUCCACCCGGACGCUUCCAACCUGACGGUGCUGAGCACGGCUGCGGUCCAGGACGGCAGCACGGUGGUGAAGGUGGUGAGCCCCUUCCAGCUCCUGACCCUUCCAGGACUUGGCACGACCAUCCAGAAUGUGACACAAAUAGCUCCCGGUGGGAGCACGGUGGUGACUGUCCCGUCCGGGGCCGCCGAGGCCGCCGGGGACGAGCACGCUGCCGCCGCCAUCGAGGUGACCGCGGUGGCCGACGAGGCGGAGCAGAAGUGAGAGGGGGGACUUGCCUGGAGGGACGCUGGCCGUGCCACUCUGGGGGGAACUGCCUCUUCUCUGGCUGCGCUGUGGGACGAGGAGCGGUGUCGUGAGGGGCACGGGCUAGCGAGGCUCAGAGCAGCUCGUGUUGGGAGCGAGGAGGUUCAGGUCAGAGGGAAGGAGGGGGGAGGAAGGAUGCCUGGAGAAGGGAAAGGCAGAAAUGCUCUGCCUUGUUUGGAGGAGGGAAGAAAAAAAGAGCUUAUUUUUUUAUAAAGCUUUCCUCCCCUGUUCUCUUGGAGUAGCUUUCCUGCUCUGGGUUGUCAGCCCAGCCUCUUUGGCUGGCACAGCUGGAGCAGUGUCCAUCAGAGGAGUGGGCAGGAGCAGGGAGAAGGUGGUAGCAAAAGGAAGCUGCCAAAGGGGGUCUGGUGUGCAGGGAGCUGGCUGCUCCCCAUCCUAGGGGCUGCAGGAGUGGAGAGGGAUGCCAAGAGCAGGAAUUCAGUGGAUGUGUACAAUCAUUGACACCAGGAAGAGCUCUGGCAGCAUGGGCACAGGCCCUGGAAGGUUGGGUUUGUGCGUGACAGUGGCUUUGGGUGGCAAAAACAAGUGGGAGCUGUUGUGACAGUGGGCAUGGUGGUUGCCCGGGUCUACUGGGGAAGAAGCAGCAAGACAGGAGCCCAGAGGGCUGAGAAGAGCUGUGACUUCUGAGGAUUUGGGGUCUUUUUCUAGUUUUCUCAAAAAAAAAAAAAAAUCCAUUAUUGGGAUUUUUUUAAGCCACUGGCGAUUUUUAAGCAAAGCCCAGGUUGGGAAGCUCGUUCUGCAUGGCAGAGCCGUGCUGCAGAGCGUGCAGAGCUGAGCCCCAUGGCCAUGCUCCAGGGAGCUCACGCUUCCUCACGAGGGCAGACCCUGCUGUCCCCAGUGCCCAGCAUCCCACGGGAGCAGGACACUGCCAUUCCCUCCCUGCUGGGGUCAAGCAGCCGUUCUGUAACGGGGUGGUCAGCCCCCCCAGUUCUCCUACAGCCACCCCACUCACUGCAGCUCUCACCAGGCCCCGUGCCAGGGCCUGUGUGUCUCACGCUGCCUCUGGCUGGGAGGAGUCGGGUGCUUGGAGUGUUGGGGUUUCCCAAACUUGAUCUGGCAACAGCAGCAACGACAGGUCACUUU